CACAACACUAUCAUAUUUGUAUCGUCAGUCUUCUCAAAUUCUAAUCGUGGUUGAGAGAGAAAGAGUGAGAAGAGAGAUGGGAAGGAUAUUUGUUGUUGAUUUGGAAGGAAUAACUUACAAUUGCAAAUUCUGCAAAACCCAGCUAGCACAGCCUCAUCAACUUGUUUCCCGGUCAUUUCACUGCCAAAGGGGGAAGGCUUAUCUCUUUAAUACUGUAGUGAAUGUGACAUCUGGUCCUCCUGAGGAGAGGAUGAUGAUUUCUGGUAUGCACACAUUAUCAGAUGUAUUUUGCUGCUCUUGUGGGCACUUACUAGGCUGGAAAUAUUUGGUCGCACACGAGGAGAGCCAGAAAUAUAAAGAAGGCAAAUUUGCUCUUGAGAGGUACUCCCUCCGUCCCAAGAUAUUAGACCCCUUUCUUUUAGGCACGAGAAUUUAGGAGAUCUUGUUUAAUGGUGUAAGUGGAGUUGAUAAUAAAGUAAAUUUUUACCAUAAAUAGAAAAGGCUCAAGUAUGUUGGACAUCCCAAAAUGAUAUAUGAGUCUAAUAUCUUGGGACGGAGGGAGUAUAUUUAUCUAUCCAUCUUCUUAUGUCUUGUCUCACCAUGUUUGGAUGACGUUCUUCUGUGACAUGUGAAGCAGAGACGGAAUUAUAGAUGGAGCGGACUCUGAAUUCUAUAUCGCCUUUCUAUGAGCAAAGACAAAGAACGUGUUGAUUUUUGGUUUUGGUUUUGGUUUGUCUGUUUGUUUGUACACUUGUAGAUGAUGAUAGUAAUAAACAUUUUCUGAAACGAGCCUCUACCUUGUCAAUGUCAAAAAUUUCAGAACUAUUCCAACCAACUCAGAGAUGAGUUGUUUAUUUAGGGGGUGUUCGAUUUACAAGAUUAUAUCACAUGAUUGAAUUUGUAUUA